AUGGAACCGAGUGGAAAAAGAAAGUUCGAGUCGGCCACCGAUAGCGCUAACACACCCGAUAAACGACAUAGGGUAAUUGGACCUUCUCUACCACCACCAUCAUUCACAUCAGAAGCACCAGCGCAACAGAGUGACUCCGACGAGGACAGCAGUGACGAUGAUUUUGGACCAAGCUUGCCCCCUCCCGAAGGCACAGUACUUGAGUCAACAGCCCAGGUGUCCGUCCACAAUGCAACUCCCGGCUCAUCAGCGGAGACGGAACCCGCUGCUAACAAUCAGUCCCGACGAGACGAGUGGAUGCUGUUACCCCCAGAUGACUCAAGUUGGGCAUCAAGGGUAGAUCCUACUAAGUUAAGGAAUCGAAAGUUCCAGAGUGGGAGGCCCGGAUCAAGUCGUCCUACCGGGGGAGUAGAUGCUUCGUGGACUGAAACGCCCGAGCAAAAAAUGAGGCGUCUGCAGGAUGAAGUGAUGGGUGUUUCUACUGCCCCUGCUGCGGCUGGUAAGCAGGAUGAUGGGACGUCCAGAAAGAACCAGGCUAUGCAGGAGAGAAUAGAAAAGUACAAUGUUCGUUGGCUUGACCUUAUCGAGGCGAGACGAAAAGAGACUGCUGCUGAAGAAGCAUCGUGGAAGGAUAAGAAGAAAGAGGAAGAAGAAGACGACCCUAGCAAGCGGGCUUUUGAUAAGGAGAAGGAUAUGGCUCUCGGCUCGAGGAUAACUGCCUCGCAACGUCGGGAGAUAAUCAAUAAGGCUUCUGAUUUUGGGUCUCGAUUUAGUAAAGGGAAGUAUCUUUAA